AUGGAAAGAGCUCAGGAUCCACAUCAAAUGGUAUUAGAGCUGUCGAGGUUAAUAUUCCAAUGCAAAUGGAAUCGAAGCUCGUGGGCCCCAAUAAGAUGUUUGGGGCCUGAGCUCUCCGGUCUUCGUGAGCGUUUGCGAAAGAAGAAACGACUAAAGCCACCUCUCGUGGUACUAGUUGUAGCGAUCAGUAUUCUCCUGGGAUCUAGUUUUCUCUUGGCUGCCUUCAUAUGUUAUCGACGGAGGCGAAAGCUCAGACUUCAAGCGCAAAGAGAAACCAGUCAGGAAGUACUACUGUUUGAGUUGGGUAGAAAUAUAGCAGCUGCCAACAAAUUUAGAGAUGCAAAUAACCUCAGAAGAAAUGGGACUAAUGAUUCGGAUUUGAAAUUAUUCAGUUUUGCCACCAUAUCAGCUGCUACAGAUAAUUUCUCUGCGGCAAAUGAGCUGGGUCAGGGCGGAUUUGGCCCUGUUUACAAGGGGAAGCUAUUGGGGGGACAAGAAAUAGCAGUAAAAAGACUUUCAAGAAGUUCAGGACAAGGACUUGAAGAAUUCAAAAACGAGAUUAUACUAAUUGCGAAACUACAACAUAUGAAUCUUGUUAGACUCUUUGGUUGCAGUAUUGAAAGAGAUGAAAAGAUACUGAUCUAUGAGUAUAUGCCUAAUAAAAGCUUGGAUUCCUUCCUCUUUGGUUUGUCACAUUAA